AUGCGAAAUGCCAUUCGGGAAGAAAUUGGGGAUGCAAAAUUUUGCAUUCUCGUUGAUGAAACUCGAGAUGAGUCAAAGAGAGAGCAAAUGGCCAUUAUUUUGAGGUUUGUCGAUAAAAGUGGUUUCAUUAGAAAGCGUUUCUUUCAUGUUGUGCAUGUUAGAGAUACUAUUGCGUUGACCCUAAAGAAAGAGAUAUGUGCUGUCCUUUUUCAUUACAACUUUCACAUUGAGAAUAUUCGAGGUCAAGGGUAUGAUGGAGCUAGUAAUAUGCGUGGUGAAUGGAAUAGAUUGCAAGCUCUAUUUAUUAAAGAAUGUCCAUAUGCUUAUUAUGUACAUUGCACGACUCAUAGGUUGCAAUUGGCUUUAGUUACAGCAUCUAGAGAAGUAAAAGUUAUUCAUCAAUUCUUUGAUCAUUUGACUAAUAUUAUCAAUAUUGUCAUUGGUUCUAGUAAGCGUAAUGAUGAAUUGCAAUAUGCUCAAGGGGAACAAAUUGAGAAUAUGAUUGCUUCUAAUGAAAUUGAGACUGGAAGAGGAGCAAACCAAAUUGUUUCAACUACAAAAUCACUUAUUCAAAAGUUGAGAGAUGAUGAAUGGGAGCGUUUACUUGCUAGUGUUACAUCAUUUUGUGGACAACAUGAAAUUGAUAUUCCUGAUUUAAAUGCUCGUUACACUAAAGCUCGAGUCGCAAUAGAUUUUCAAUUGCAAGAAUUGAAUAGUAGAUUUUAUGAGCUAACAACAGAUCUUCUCACUCUUAGUUCAGCAUUAAAUCCUAAGGAUGCUUUUAGAUCAUUUAAAAUUCGUGAUAUUUGCAAUUUGGCUGAAAAUUAUUAUCCUCAAGAUUUCACUGAGCAGGAGAUUCGUCUUUUGAAGCAUCAAUUGCAACAUUAUGAGCUUGAUGUGACAAAUUUCUACAGCAACUACAGAACGAGCUUUUCAGCUAUGAAACUAUUAAAAACAAGACUUCGCAAUAGAAUGGAGGAUGAACUUUUGGUAGAUAAUAUGAUAGUUUAUAUAGAAAAGGAAAUUGCUGGGAAUUUCACCAUGGAAAUGAUCAUGGAUGAAUUCUAUUCCAUGAAAAAUCGUCGUCAGGCAUGA